AUGCGAUGGAGUGUGCGAUUUGUUACCGGUGCAGUUGACAAGAGCAUACAGAUCACCGGUGAGAUGUGUACUAGUCUGAUCGGCGGGCUUCGGAAUACCAUGAUUCCUGCUCUUGAACAUACCAGUGAUGUCCAGCUUGGUAUCAGGAUUAUCGAAAUCGGCGCCGCUAACCGCUUUGGUAAACGCCGUCUCCCUGUGCUGCACACGAUUUUUGUCCUUGCCGUUCUUAUUCCAUUCACUAAGCAAACUGUAGUAGAAGCCGAACAUAUCACUCAGCGAUUUCGGCGGACUGGGGAGAACGCAGUUGAACAGGCUGCAUAUCUUAGUGAGCGGAGACUUUUGAUUACCGCAGAAGUCACCAAGGACUUCCAUGAGGAAUUGCCCUGUUCGCCUAUGUGA